GAAGCGUUGGAGGUGGACCCAGCUGAGUCCUGGGGAAGCAACCCUCACGGGAAAGAGGCCAGUGACCCUACGCUUGGCCAGCUUAGUUCUCUCCCAUUAAACACACGUUGACAUCUUUGGUGAGAGUUCCUGCUUGACUAACCAGCUGGAAAAUGGAGUGUUUAAGUGGGAAGAUCAGUCUCUAACUACCUUGUCUUUCUCAGGGAGUGUUAUGGGGCGGAUGUGUCUCAGACCAUGACCUAAUUUGGAUAUAAUUAGUCAAGAUGACGAAGUAGGGUGUCCAAUAUUACUGGUGUCCUUGUAAGAAGGGGACACUGGGACACAGGCUUCCAGGGAGAAGGUGGGUGAACGUGAGAGCAGAAACUGGAGAUUCUUCUCCGGCCGAGGACUGCCAGCCAUGAGCAGAAGCGGGGAGACGCCUGGAGACGUCCUCGCCCGGGGCCUUCGAGGGCCUCCAGGCUGCGUGAGAAUCUGGUUCUCUCACAGCCCCUGGCCUGGGGCACGGGGUUCUGGCCGUCCUGGGAAGGUGAUGCCGGCAGCAGAGGAAAGGAGAACAUGGCACACGUACCUGGAGGGCGCCGACCAGAGGGCUUUCCGUCGGGAGCCGCUGGUGCCUCUGGGCGCUCGGGCCCUGCAGGCCUCCUGCCUCGAGGUGGUUUGAGCUGGAGUUUUGGAGGCUGCAAUGUCUGCUUCCGGGCCUUUCUGCUGUGUGGGCGUCGCUUGUGUAGGAGGCCUUGUUGCGUCUUUAAAGAUACGUCCUGGAGGGUGAGGGUGAAUCUCCCUUGGGUUAUGUCACCGGGAUUUUACGUUUGGGUGGGAACCUCGCUUCGGCCGCCGACGGGCGUUUGCCUUCUUUGUGGACCGUUUGCUGUCUGUUCCGAGAGGCAGCCAGUGCAUGUGGGGUUCCGUUCAGGACUACGUGUCCGUUGUGGUCAGCCUGGAACCCAGAGCCCUGCUCGGGUGCGUCCCGCCCGGUGGCCGCUCGGCCAGACAACUGCCGUCUCCUCCGCCCGCGCACAGCGGCGCGGCACUCUGCCCGACUCCCGCGGGCGUGUUUCUGCCGGCCACCUGGGUAACUGUCCCGUUCUCGCCCCCACAGAGUCCGUAGAGGAGCAACAGCAAGGCUUCCAGAUGAACAACCGAAAGGAAGACAUGGAGAUUGCGUCCCACUACCGGCACCUGCUGCGGGAACUGAACGAGCAGCGGCAGCACGGCGUCCUGUGCGAUGUGUGCGUCGUGGUGGAGGGCAAGGUCUUCAAGGCGCACAAGAACGUCCUGCUCGGCAGCAGCCGCUACUUUAAGACGCUGUACUGCCAGGUGCAGAAGACGUCCGAGCAGGCCACGGUCACGCACCUGGACAUCGUCACGGCGCAGGGCUUCAAGGCCAUCAUCGACUUCAUGUACUCUGCCCACCUGGCCCUCACCAGCAGGAACGUCAUCGAGGUGAUGUCCGCCGCCAGCUUCCUGCAGAUGACGGACAUCGUGCAGGCCUGCCACGACUUCAUCAAGGCCGCGCUGGACAUCAGCAUCAAGCCCGACGCCUCGGACGAGCUCUCCGAGUUCGAGAUCAGUGCCCCUCCUGGCAGCAGCACGGACGCCCUCAUCUCGGCCGUGAUGGCGGGAAGGAGCAUCUCCCCGUGGCUGGCCCGGCGCACCAGCCCCGCCAAUUCUUCCGGAGACUCGGCCAUCGCCAGCUGCCACGAAGGGGGCAGCAGCUACGGGAAGGAGGACCAGGAGCCCAAGGCUGACGGCCCCGACGACAUUUCUUCGCAGCCGCUGUGGCCCGGGGACGUGGGCUACGGGUCUCUGCGCGUCAAGGAAGAGCAGAUCUCCCCGUCUCAUUACGGAGGGAGUGAGCUCCCUUCCUCCAGGGACGCGGUGAUACAGAACUCUUUCUCGGAGCAGGCUGGCGGGGACGGCUGGCAGCCCACGGGUCGCAGGAAGAACCGGAAAAACAAAGAGACGGUCCGGCACAUCACACAGCAGGCGGAGGGCGAUAGCCGGGCCGGCUCCCCGGUGGCCCCUUUCCUUCCGACGUCCGGGUGGCCAUUCGGCGGCCGCGACUCAAGCGCGGACCUGACUGUCGCCGAAGCCAGCAGCUCUGACAGCCGCGGGGAGAGGGCUGAGCUGUACGGCCACGUGGACGAGGGUCUCCUGGGAGGAGAGGCCAGCUACCUGGGCCCGCCCCUCACCCCCGAGAAGGACGAGGCACUGCAGCAGGCCGCCGCGGUGGCCAACCUGCGGGCGGCACUCAUGAGUAAGAACAGCCUGCUGUCCCUCAAGGCGGACGUGCUCGGGGACGACAGCUCCCUGCUGCUGGAGUACCUGCCCAAGGGCACCCACUCUCUGUCCCUCAACGAGUUCACGGUGAUCAGGAAGAAGUUCAAGUGCCCGUACUGCAGCUUCUCGGCCAUGCACCAGUGCAUUCUCAAGCGGCACAUGCGCUCCCACACGGGCGAGCGGCCCUACCCCUGCGAGAUCUGCGGCAAGAAGUUCACGCGGCGCGAGCACAUGAAGCGGCACACGCUGGUCCACAGCAAGGACAAGAAGUACGUGUGCAAGUUGUGCAGUCGGGUGUUCAUGUCAGCCGCCAGCGUGGGCAUCAAGCACGGCUCCCGGCGCCACGGUGUCUGUGCCGACUGCGCAGGCCGCGGUGUGGCCGGUCCCCUGGACGGAGGCGGCACUGAGGGCUCCCCCGAGCUGUUCCCUGGCGACGGGCCCUACCUGGAAGAUCCCGACGACCCGCGGGGGGAGGGCGAGGAGGAGCUGUGUGAGGACGAGGACGAGGUGGGCCUGGCCCACGAGGACGCGCUGCUGGCGGCCGAGAAGGGGGACGAGGACUCUCCGCGGGGUCCUGGCAGCCCCCCAGGGGCACCGGACAAGGACUUCUGGAUCUCCUAGGCGCCGGGCUGGGGUGGCACGGCACCACCCUCUCCUGUGUGUGCGUGUGUGUGUGUGUGUGUGUGUGUGUGUCCUGCCUGCCGCCAGGCCAUGCUGACCCCCUUCCUCCCCCAUUAUUCUGUUCCCGCCCCCCAGACACACACACACACACACCACCCUGAGGCUCACAGGCAGGCAUGACCCCAGGAAGUAAGGGCUCUGGAACCGAACGGCAUGUUGGGGGACACGGGGUGGGGUUGAGCCCAGGAGAGCACACAGUCCGACGUGUCUGUGGGGACAGAUAAAGGAUCCCCAGCAGGUACAUGUAGAUAGGGCGUCGAGGGAGCCCGUGUGGCCAGUCUGGCCUCGGGAUACACCGUAGCCCGAUGGCCAGGUCGAGGUCAGCACUGGUCCCGGUUGUGAGCGUGGUCCCCGAGGCCACAGGCCCAAGAGAUGCUAAGGGAGGUUUUGCCCACGCCCGAUGUCCAGUGUGGAGUCUCCCCCUGCCCCCUGCUCUGCUCCCCUCUUCUCAGCAGCCUGGUCACUGCCUGCGGCCACCGCCGCAGUCUCUUGCCGCUGUUGUGGCCGCCUGCGGAGCCCAGGUCUGGUGUACAGAAAGCCCGUGGCCCUCCCGCCUCUGGGCUUUGGUGCUUAACAUAAAACAGCUGCAGAAGCCCCCCACUGGGGCCGGGGACCCCCAGGUGCUAUCUUCCGGCAGAGGCAGCCAGGUGGGGACCGAUGGGCCACCGACGUGCCACGCUCCUCUGGUGCAGGGCUCAGCGCUCCCCGCGCCUGGCCACUUGGGUCCUUUUGGGGGGCCUGGGCUCUUUGUUCUGCGUGCACUUCCUCGGGGAGCCCGGGGGCGGCCUCAUCCCCUGGGCUCUGCUGUCCUCCCUGCCUGGGCCAGUCCUCCUGACCCUCCCGAGUGCCCUUGCCUUGUUGCUGCUAACACUGGAGGCAGUGUUCCUGGCUGCCGUGUGCUGCUCGCACGUCCCCGCGUGGGUAAGCAAACUUUUCAAGUAGUCAGAGCCGUCCUGAGGCAGUUACGUAAAAAUACUUUGUUUGGCAUUAUUUUCUCACCUGACGAAACAGAGUCGUCUUUCCCGUCCUCUCGUGGUCUCUUUAGAUGCGCUCCCGCCUCUUUAUUAAUUUUCUGGGUGGAAAGCCAGGCCUGGCUGUGAGGAGCCUCCCCUGGGCCGCAGGACACACACUGGUCUGUCUUCUCCCUCGUUAAAGCUGUUCCUGACGACACUUCACCACUAAGACAUUCCGUCUCGCACCCACGUGGCUCGGGCUUGGGCAAGACUCAGGCCACGUAAAGACUCCCCUGGGUGCUCAGCUGGAGCCCCCGUUGCAGACGGUGGUUUUAUUUUCUCUUUUUCCACAGACUCUAAGCUUUUACCAGGUUUUUCAUUGCGUCGCAUAUAUUCUUUCCAGGUGGAAAAAGGGAAAUGCCACAAGACCCUAACUUCGGUUCCAAUGGUGGCCGGGAGCACUUUGGGCCCAGGCUGCUGUUGGGGGUGCUGGGGACCAGGGCUGGCAGGAAGCCCUGCGGGGGGAGGGGGGGUCACAACUUCUGUGUUUGUCUUAAAUACAGUCAGCCGAGUACCCAUCAGUUAGAGGGCCUGCACAGAGCUGUCAUCCGGCCUCCUGCACUCCUGUCCCGCGUGGUGACCGCGCGGUGACCGAGCCCUCUCCGGCUGCCCUGCUUGCCCACCCGCCCACGGUGGGCAAGGCCAGCGCAGGGGCUCUGGGACACACUUCCCUUCCUGCCUCUCACCGGUGAGGCCCGGGCUGCAGCCCUCACGGAGCCCUCAGAACCGCGUACCUCCCCGACUUUAUGAUCCCUUUUCUACACAGACUGAUUUUCUUAUAAAUGUAUUUGGAAACCAGACCUUUGCUACCAACAGUGUCUCUGGGUUUCUUACCGGCCCCCCCCCCCCUUCCCGCUCGGGCCGUCCUGCCCGCACCCCGGGCCACCUGUGCCUCCGCACUCAGGACACCUCGCUCUUUCUGACCCGCUCGCUCCCCGCUCUGGACCGCCCUUGCUGGCCUUUUGGGGGGCUCGCUGUCAGUGCCACGGGGCAUCUUCUUCCUUAAAACCAAUACUGUACCGGACGACCGAGGGCCCCGCUCUGCCCGAGCUCCCCAGGCGUUUGCUGCGUGGCAACCUCAGCUCUCCGCGGUUGUCCGCCAUCGGGGAUGAACCCGUCACCUCUCAGGAGGCGUGGAGGGAAAAGACGUGUAACGAAAGGUUUUUUUACGUGACUGGUUUUUUUUUAAAUCGAUGUUUAAACUAAUAAAUAUUUUUUUAUGAAGAGGAAAAAA